AUGCACCGCUUGAUGGGGGUCAACAGCACCGCCGCCGCCGCCGCCGGGCAGCCCAAUGUCUCCUGCACGUGCAACUGCAAACGCUCUUUGUUCCAGAGCAUGGAGAUCACGGAACUGGAGUUCGUGGAGAUCACCAUCAUUGUGGUGGUGGUGAUGGUGAUGGUGGUGGUGAUCACGUGCCUGCUUAGCCACUACAAGCUGUCGGCACGCUCCUUCAUCGGCCGGCACGGCCAGGGCAGGAGGAGAGAAGACGCCCUGUCCUCAGAAGGAUGCCUCUGGCCCUCGGAGAGCACCGUGUCAGGCAGCGGGAUCCCAGAGCCACAGGUCUACGCCCCACCGAGACCCACGGACCGCCUGGCCGUGCCCCCCUUCACCCAGCGGGACCGCUUCCACCGCUUCCAGCCCACGUACCCCUACCUGCAGCACGAGAUAGACCUGCCCCCCACCAUCUCUCUGUCGGACGGGGAGGAGCCGCCACCCUACCAGGGCCCCUGCACCCUCCAGCUGCGGGACCCGGAGCAGCAGCUGGAGCUGAACCGGGAGUCGGUGCGUGCGCCCCCGAACAGAACCAUCUUCGACAGCGACCUGAUGGACAGUGCCAUGUUGGGUGGCCCCUGUCCCCCCAGCAGUAACUCCGGCAUCAGCGCUACUUGCUACGGGGGCGGCGGGCGCAUGGAGGGGCCGCCCCCCACCUACAGCGAAGUCAUUGGGCACUACCCCGGGUCCGCCGCCUUCCAGCACCAGCAAAGCAGCGGGCCGCCCUCCUUGCUGGAGGGCACCCGGCUCCACCACGCACACCUCGCGCCCCUGGAGAGCACGGCCACGUGGAGCCAGGAGAAGGAGAAACAGAAGGGACACCCUCUCUAGGGGUCCCGGGCGCCGGGCCGGACAGCGGUGCGUAAACGGCAAAACACUCCGCACUUCGAAGAAGAGAGAGGAAGGUGCGGGGCACACAGGGAGACGCGCAUCACCACCCCCCCCCCUCUCUGUGUAUAAAUACUUACAUGUUCUGUCUGGUCUGAAUGCUCAAGCUAAGGAAGCUUGCAAAA